AUGUGGGUUCUACCAAAUUCCCAUUUCCGGUACUCCAGGCUUCCUGAUCCAGCUGAGCCCCGACCGCCUCGCUACUUCAAUAUUCUGCCUUAUCGAGAGUCCACCCUCAGCGAUGAGCAUUACGGCGUCGUGCAUGAUGAAGUAGCGGAGUUCUUGCGACUCCGACCCAAAGACCGGCCUAAUUUUCUCGACCAACCCGCUACAACCAAGCAAGACCAUCUUCUCAAAUGGGGCAUGCCGGAGCUAUCCCCAGAAAAUGUGCACCUUCUUGGGCCGUUUUUAGAUCUCUUGUUACGACUGGACGAUGAGAUUGACAUUCUCGAUCAUAAGAGCCAAGGCAAUAUCUAUGAUGACCUGCUACUUGCUAUCCUGAGUUUCUGGAAAAUGGGCGCAACUCCAAACAUUGAUUCGGAUGGAAAUGGAAAGCUAGCUGGCAUGCUCUUGAACCCUGUUAUCAAAGGUCGGCCUGAUCUCAAGGAGCCUUUUCUGAAAACCGUAAUGGCUGCAAUCAGCUCUCAACCAGUGCGGCCGGAUCUUGUGAUGACAUUCGAAACGUUCAAAAGGGUCCGAAUGGAUAGCAUUGGGGCGAAAAUCGGAUUCGAUAUAGCAAUGCUCUUCCAAGGCCACUGUAUCUCCGACGAGGAGCGCAACUCCGUCUCGCAGCUCUUGGAAUACGGAUACCUCAGCACGGCGCUCUCCAAUGAUUACUAUGGCUUUGAGAGAGAAUAUCACAACCAUGUGGCGAAUGGGACUGUGGACCAUAUCCAUAACGGUAUUGCACUUCUCAUGAAGAGCUAUGGCUAUGAGGAAGAUGAGGCAAAGGAGAUCGUGAAGGCUGAAGUCUUAUCCGCCGAGAGGAAGCUCAUAGAUGGGUAUAAAGAGUGGAAAGAUUCCCCUGGGCCUAAACCGGAGAACCUCCGUUCAUACAUGGGGCUGUUUAUUCUCUCGAUUGGUGGCAGUAACUUCUGGCAGGCGCAGUCAGGGCGCUACCAUGUUGAUGAACCAGCACAUUCGAAGGAAUCCCGGGCUGGAAUGAUCGCCAACCCUGCGGGACCGUUCUUGAUGUUGACGGGGUACGCACAUCCAGCUGCCCUUGUUGUGUCCAACAAGUAUCUAGCGCCGGGGGGGCUUUCUUGCACGUUUCCGUUGUCGCAGUACGACGACAGUCGGCAGCAUGAUGAGAGAAAAGACGAUGAUGAUCUUCGCUCGUGCUCCAACUAUGAUAUCCUUGCACCAUUUCAAAAGUCCGGUGCCGAAGAUAAUUGUAUGAUUCCCUACAUCUAUACGAAGGCUCUUCCAGGGAAGAACACCAUCGCGAAGUUUCUGAAAAGCCUGAGCCCGUGGUUUCAGGUAUCCGACAACUCUCUUGACGUGAUCAUGGAGAUCAUGACAAUGCUUUUUACUUCCUCGCUAAUGCUAGACGAUAUCGAAGACGGCUCCCAUCUGCGACGGGGUCUGCCAGCUGCACAUGUCAAAUUUGGACUCAGUCAGACUGUAAACUCGGCGACGUAUCUGUUUGGGAAAGCGACGGCUUUGGUGCAUAAUAAUUUGCGGCCCGGAUGUCUUAGCGUCAUGUUAAAUGAACUCGAGAUUCUCACCUUGGGCCAAGGCAUGGAUCUGAACUGGACAUUCGACAACAGGUGCCCGACAGUUAGCGAAUAUCUUGUCAUGAUAGACCACAAAACAGGCGGCUUCUUCCGUCUGGCAUUGCAGCUCAUGCAGACUGAUGCGGAUGCCCAGGGCAACGAUAACCUCAUGCAUCUGAUCACACUGAUGGGAAGGUACUAUCAAAUCCGCGAUGACUAUCAAAAUCUAGCGUCAGAAGAGUAUACUGCCAAGAAGGGAUUCUGCGAUGAUCUGUCAGAGGGGAAAUUCUCCUUCCCGCUCAUCCACCUACUACAGCAGAGCUCGAAUGCAGAUGUCCUUCGCCGGUUGCCUAUCUUUGGCAAGGAGGGACAACGAGAGGAGGUCUCAGAAGAGACUAAGGUGUUCAUACUCAAGGAGAUGAAGGGGGCAGGGAGCCUCGAGCACACGCUUGACAUUCUCAAUCAACUCUUCGAUUCGAUCCUGGCGACUCUCGACAUUGUCGAGGCCGAGAUGGGAGCGAACAAGAAACUCCGCUGCUUGAUCCUCCUGUUGAAGUUGUGA